AUGUUACCAUCUCUUAUUAGACUUUUCAAGGUUAUCCCGAGCGGACAGCGUUUCCAAUACCACGCGCGACUUCGAAAUUUAAAAUUUGGUCCAUAUAACAUGGAUAAGAAAAUAGUUUUUAGAAUCUUUAACCUUAAUUCUUUACCAAGAAAUCUUUAUGGACAUACAAGUAUGGGACACUCGUCGAUAAACCAAAGAUUUUUUUUAUUCAAUUGUCCACGUCGCAAUUUUAGAUUUGGUUUUUCCGAAAUGAAACACGGAAUUUUUUCAUCAGAUCAUGGUUAUGCAUUCCCCCGCCUGCUUAACUCAUAUUUCACUAAUUUUAAGAAAUUAAUUCCUAAAAAUAGGAUUUCUAAAUAUUCCUUAAAACUAUUUCGAAACACUGAAACAGAUUCACGGAUAGUCUCUCAAAUAAUGGUUGCUAAUGUUCUUGUUUUCCUUUCUUGGAAGCUCGCAGAAUUAAACUAUGAAGAACAUAGAAAUAUCACGUACCUAAAUUUUAUGUAUAAACAUUUUACCGUCAGUAUCAAUAACAUUAGAGAAAGUCGAUGGUGGACAGUGUUGACUUGUGCAUUUAGCCAUAAAGACUUUGGUCACUUGGCGGUGAACAUGUUUGCUCUUUGGGGAUUUGGUAGAGCGGUGUUACAAAUGUUGGGGACCACAGAAUUCCUGCUGGUUUAUUUGGGUUCAGCUUUAACUGCCUCUUUAGGUCAUCUCUCGUACACAUAUUUUUCUCGUUCAAGAAAAGAAAACGUUAAGCAUUAUGUCAGUGCAAUGGGUGCAUCAGGAAGCAUAAUGGGCUUGUCUUCACUUUACGCGCUUACGUUCCCGUCAUCGACGUUCCUAAUCUUUUUUGUAAUUCCAGCUCCGGCUAUCGUUGUUGUGGGCUUAUAUGCAUUUUACGACAUUUAUCGAACCUGGACAAAAUCCCAUGGAAACGUGGGUAGUGCAGGUCAUCUUGCUGGCACAUUAUUUGGUUUGAUUUACUAUUGGAGAAAGAUUCGACGUGGUCGUUUUGGUACUACCAUGAGGAAUGUCAAAAAUUGGAGAGGAAGAAUACAUUGA